GUCACGCACUUCCCUCCUCCAUACAGCUGUGGAGAAACUGAUGCUGCUCAGAGCGGGGCUGAGCAUGUGUGUGCAUGUCAGACUGGAGUAGAUAGGCUGUUUGCUUCAGUGUUGCUUCACUCUGUGUUCUCAGCUUUACAUCAAUAUUUGUUCACCAACUGUUUCCAACAUCUCCAACUUUAUUUUCCGGAAAUCACAAGCCGUAACUCUGUCAAGAAGAGGAAUGCUCCUGGUACUCCAGCUGUAGUCUGCAGCAAAAUGGGAACAGAGGAGCGCAGUUCAGUCAUGUCACAGAAGAUCUCCCUGUCACGCAGCAACAGCAGUUCCUCAUCUAAAUAUGACAGCCGACAGGACAGCUGGGAAAUAGUGGAAGGCCUACGUGGAAGCUUUAGCAAUGUUCUGGAGCCCCAGAAACAGGAGGGCUACAUGCUGAAGAAGAGAAAGUGGCCCAUGAAGGGCUGGCAUAAGAGAUACUUCUUCCUGGACAAGGGCAUUCUGAAGUAUGGCAAGUGCAGUGCUGAUGUUGAGAAGGGGAAACUGCAUGGCUGCAUUGAUGUGGGUCUGUCUGUCAUGGCCAUUAAGAAGAAAGCCAAAUGCAUUGAUCUUGAUGCAGAGGAAAACAUCUAUCAUCUGAAGAUUAAAUCACAGGAGCUGUUUGAUGAAUGGGUGUCCAAGCUGCGUCACCAUCGGCUCUAUCGGCAAAAUGAGAUCGCCAUUUACCCCAGUGAGAAGUCCUUCUGCUAUCCCCACUAUCCCCCACCCAGCUCUCCCAGUAUUGCUGAAAGUGCCUCUAUCAGAAAGUGCAUGUCUCUACGAAGGCAGUCUACAAUACAUUCUUUAAAUUGCAACAACCAGGCCAAGGUAACAGCCUGGCUCCAGUCCUCUGAUGACCUGGACAAGUGCUCCAAAGAUUUGUCAGUGUGUGAGGCCUACCUGCUGGAGCUCAGCCAUCUGCUUCAGAGUAUGGAGGUCCUCCACCGUACCUGCUCUGCUCCAUCUAUCCAAGCACUGCAGGCAUCUACAUUUGACAGCCCCAAAAAACAAAAGAUACUUCCAAGGAAAUGGCGAACUAAAAACUACAAUAAAGAUAUGAAAACGACUCUGCAGGUACCCAGCUGCAUCUCCGCAGGCUCUGUCCGCCUCCAUGCCUCUAACCCUAACCUCUCCACCGCUGCACUCAGCAAUGACAAAGCCGACCCUGAAUCCCUGGAUUGUCCUUUUAAUGUGGCCAAGCUGCAGGAAGACUUCUGCCGCGUUGCCACCAGUUUGCAUGAGACUAUGAAGUCGGCCCUGAGUUCACUAACAUCUGAGAGCAAGAGAUUAAAGCAGUGUCUGGACCAUGAAACAUGCCCCUCUACCUCAGUACAGGUUGUCAGUUUGAAGAACGCACUGGUAACGAAACAGGACUCAGUGGAUGAAUCCCGUUCCCUCGUACACCAAGUAUCCAAUGAGAGCAGAGCUUCAAUAGCGGAGUCUUUGUCUGAGUUCUUUGAUGCGCAGGAAGUCCUGUUGUCCGCUAGUUCUUCUGAAAAUGAGGUGUCAGAGGAUGACUCGUACAUCAGUGACAUUAGUGACAACAUUUCCAUGGACAACUUCAGCAAUGGGAUAGAAAGUGAGAGACCAAACUCAGACUCCGUGGAAGAAGGCGCUGUCCUUUGUCAGCGUAGAUCCUGUUUGCCCUCACCAAGCCCGGACAACUGCACCAUCAGCCUGUGGAACAUCCUCAAGAACAACAUUGGCAAAGAUCUGUCUAAAGUGGCGAUGCCCGUGCAGCUUAAUGAGCCACUCAAUACCUUGCAGAGACUGUGUGAGGAGCUGGAAUACAGCGAGCUCCUAGACAGGGCUGCUAACACACAGGACCCUUUUGAACGUAUGGUGUACAUAGCCACAUUUGUUGUAUCAGGCUAUGCAUCCAACUAUUACAGAACUGGGGGGAAACCUUUCAAUCCUGUUCUGGGAGAGACAUAUGAAUGUGACCGACCAGAUAAAGGCUUUCGAUUUGUUGCAGAGCAGGUCAGCCAUCACCCACCAAUCUCAGCUUGCCAUGCAGAGUCUAAAAACUUUGUCUUCUGGCAAGAUGUGAGGUGUAAGAACAAGUUCUGGGGGAAGUCAAUGGAGAUUGUUCCUGUGGGUACUACUCAUGUAACUGUGCCAGAAUUUGGAGACCACUAUGAGUGGAACAAGGUCACGUCCUGCAUCCACAACAUUCUGAGUGGACAGCGAUGGAUUGAGCACUAUGGGGAGAUCUCCAUCAGAAAUUCCAGCAGUGACAUUUGCCAAUGCAAGAUCACUUUUGUUAAGGCCAAAUACUGGAAUUCAAGUGUGAACGAGGUGGAGGGAACGAUCACAGAUAAAAAAGGGAAGGUCAUCCACAGACUUUUCGGGAAGUGGCAUGAAGCAGUUUUCUGUGGAGACCCGCCUUCAGCCACAUGCAUCUGGAGAGCAAAUCCAAUGCCAGCAGACCAUGAGCAGUACUAUGGUUUUACCAAGUUUGCUGUUGAACUGAAUGAGCUAGAACCAUGUCUGAAACUGCUGCUACCGCCCACAGACACCAGACUACGAGUGGACCAAAGACUGCUGGAGGAGGGGAACUUAGAGGCUGCAGAGGAACAGAAACAGAGGAUUGAACAGCUGCAGAGGGAGAGACGAAGAGUCCUGGAGGAAAACAACAUAACGCAUCAACCAAAAUUCUUCAGGAAGUCAAAGGAUGAUACGUGGGUGAGCAACAACACAUACUGGGAGCUGAGGAAAGACCUGGGCUUUGCCCACAUGGAUUUUCCUACGCUAUGGUGACCGCUGAGCGGCAACACAUUUUCCACACGCACACACCUGCACAGCCUCUACUGUGAUCCAGGCUGGUUCUGGUGAUGUUUGUAUUACAGUCCUAACAUCUACAUUCAGUACUGGUCUUCUCAAUUGCAAUUCAUCAGUUAUUGCCUUAGUAGCAAGUGCUUAUCAAAGUUGUGUAAACAUGUUUAUGCAAGUACAUUAUGAGAAUGUUUAUUAAUUUAAGCAAUUUUUCCUUGUAUUUUCACCUGUAACACUGUACAACUUAAACUGAGAAAAGGAAAACUAAAUUCAUUCCACAGCUCAACUACAAAAGCUUAAUAUGUACUGAACAGCUGGUCACUUUAGCGAUUGUCUUAUCAUGGACAUGCUCUACCUCUGAGAUAAAUGAGCCUUGAUAUGCCAUUAACUUGUGUACAUAUCUGAUAUUUAUUCUGCACCUGCCUGAUGCCUUACUGGUUGUGUUCAUAUUGAUCAGUUUAUCUUUGUUGCAUCUCUUUGUUGUUUUAAAAAAAAUGUAUGUUUUGUAAAGAAUUGUUAAGAACAAACAAGAAAUGUUCACAUGAUCCUUACUGAGCUUUUCUCUGUAUUCUAACUGUUAUAGCUGCUUUUUGCUAUGAUUGUGCAACUAUGAGCAGCAGUAGUAAAUCUCAAAUCCAACCAUUUUUCCAUUUUAUCCAUUGUAACAUUGUCUGUAUGGACCCUGGGUUUUGGGACCAAAAAUGUUCAAAACUAUCCCCCGUAAGCUCAAAUAAAAUAUCUUCAUUUUGUGGAGUGAUUUUUAGCCGUUUGUUCAAAACACUGAAAGUUUAAACUCCACUUCCCUCAGAUGCAAACUUAAUAAGCAGGGAAGUGUGCCAACAGGAAAAG